GCGACGAUGCGUGCGUGUUGUGUGUGUUCUUUGCGCCAGUUUACAAAAGCAAUCAAAAGCCUUACAAAAGUGGUACUAUUUUUUGUGCACACAAUAUUAUAAUUUGUAGUUCUUUUGCUUGGAACUAUUGUGUUCAUGAGGACGUGUCCUCCGACGUGAGAUUUGGAUCAAGUUCUAUCACAAUUAUACAGAGUUGCAAUGACGUUGCUAAGGAUAGGAAUCGUGCUACUAUUGACCAGUGGAAGUGUACCGAUUGGUCAAGCAAAGUAUGUCGAAGGUCAUCUCAAAACAUCCGAUAACUGGGCGUUCUUGGCAAGGUUUUGCUUUCUAUCUGGCAAGGGAAGGUACGAAUAUCUGAUCGAGUACGAAAAGAAACUGGGCGAAUUGAAGCUGCUCCUGUACUACGAUGAUCGAACACAGUGGCCUGCAAUCUACAAAACCGAUAAGACAUGCACGGAGAAACUGUCCGUACUACAUCCGGAAGACAAUCAGAUCGUGACGCUUUCUCCCCGUAUCCCCUACAAUGUCUACUCCGGGUGCCUUCUACGUACACCGACGGCUAAAGAAUCACCGGACGAUCCACUGCCAAGAAGUAGUGGCAGUACGACGACACGCGCACCACCAAACGGUCGCGGUACGCCAGCCGGGUCGGGAAGUUCUGGAGGUGAUAUUAAACCACCCGACGAUGAUGCACAGUACUAUGAUCAAUUCCUGAAAACAAGCACCACAGAGUCCGAAUUUGGCUUUGAGGAAAGUAACGGCAACGGAACGGAGGAGCCACCGUACGAGAUAUUCCCUACAUCUACCAGCUCCAUCCAAGGUGCUGGAUUUGCCGGUGAUAAUGGUGAGGUAAACCUGCUGGAAAACAGUACCGAUUAUCGACUGUUGGUAGAACAGCUGUUCCCGGGCGUGGAAGUUACCGUAGAGCAAACGGAACGGCCCUCAAAUGGAACACGCUUGCGACGUGCCGCUUCGAUGGGAAAGUUCGAAACGCGACUUAUAGUGAGCUGUAGUAACUUCGGAAGCUUUACUAGCUCUCGCGAACGUUGGUGGUAUAUAGCGAUCGCUAACUGUGACGGUGCCGGAAAGGGGCUUGACGUGAAGUACCGGUUCCGGAUGACCAAUGGGCCACCUGGUGACUUUUGGCAUGAACAUUUCUCCGCCGAUGAGAUGUACAUUCCUCCAAUACUGUUGGCCGAGUCUAUCGCUUACAGUAUGCUGCUGUUGGCCGUAUUUAUCUGUGCAGUUGAGCUAAAGGCACGUCAUCUUUACCACUGCACCUAUCGCUUGUUUACGCUGAGUGUACUGUUGCAGUGGUUCGGCAUCUUGCUGCUGAGUGUCACCUGGACCAAGUACGCCGUGUCUGGAAUUGGUCCAUUUCCCAACUUUGGCGGUAUCUUCACGAGUGCUAGUGAGAUCUCCUUCCUUCUACUACUGCUGCUCAUGGCGAAGGGUUACACCAUUACCAGGGCACGACUGAAAACAUGUUCCACUGUCAAAAUUACCAUCUUCAUCAACCUGUACGUGGUGGUGUACGUGUCACUGUACAUCUACCAGGCAGAAGCGUUCGAUCCGGGCGAAGUGCUUAACCUGUACGAAUCACCGGCCGGGUUCGGUUUGGCCGGAUUGCGGUGUGCCGGAUGGGUAUUUUUCAUGUACGCCUGUGCGGCUACGAUUAGAAAAUUUACGGAGAAAACACCCUUCUACUACCCAUUCACAAUGCUCGGUUCGUUGUGGAUUUUGAGCGGGCCCGUCCUAACGCUGCUCGGUGUCAGUGUGCUCGAUCCGUGGGUGCGGGAAUCCGUCAUGCACGGUGCACUCGGUACGGUUGCUUUUGCCGGUCAUUUAGCGUUUCUUUGGUUGACGUGGCCAUCACGAGCUAAUCGUAGCUUUCCUUACCAUGUGCGUACGAAUCACGUGGGCAUUUCGCACGGAGAGGACGAUGAGGUAACGUAUCCGAAGCAUCCGUACGAACCAACAACGCUGGUGAAUCAUCAUAACCAUCCGCUUCAACAUCAGUACCCGAUCGCACCGCCGGAAACGGUGCUACAGAAUGGGCAUGGAAACGGUUUCCUGGUGCCGUUGUCCCGUGGCGAUGGGCUGUACGAUCAGUACCUGCGUGAGCGCGAUAUCUAUCACAGCACCUCGACACCGCUCAGUUACGUAUCGUUCCCAGCACCGGCAAGGGAGAACGGUACCGGUAAUGGCGUGCAUAGGGGUGAACCAACACGAAAUGGGACCUCGAUUAAUAGUCCGGCUGUUGUGAAUGGUAGUGCCGUAAGGACAGAAACCGAGAACCCGGUACAGUCUAACAAUAGAAACUCGCUAGCACUGGAGGUUGAGGCAGAUCUUUCCGGCCAUCCUUCGCUUGAGGUUGCGGAACAAGUAUCAAGCAAUGCACCUCUCAGUGGAAACGGAUCCAUCGCAUCUGGCCCAAUCGAGCGACAAUCGUCUGGUGGUGGUGGUGGAGAAGAGAAACGACCUUACAAUCCAUUUCUAGCCGGUGCUGGUAAUGGAGGCCUUGGAUCUGGCGAAGGUAACCGUAAACCGAACAAAAUUAUCCUUCCCAGCCUGGAACACAGUCAGCAGCAGACAGCUACAACAGAACAGCCAGCGGCGAGUGAUAACAGCAGUGGUGGAAGUAAUAGCAAUACCGUCCCAAAGCAUCUCUUUGCGGCUAAGCGAGACCCAUGAGGAGGAGUGCGUCCAAACAAAAGUAGAUGUACCUGUCUGUUAUCGCACAUAUGUGUGUUGUGCCGUGAUUUGCCACCUGUAUUCACACACUCACUUUCUCCCUCUCUUUCUUUUUCUGGUUUUCAAAUAUGUUUGUUUCACAGCACUGGCAGCACUGGUUUUUGUGCUCUGGUCGAAUGUUCGGUACGUGAUAUGCAAUAUGCCUUAUGUAGCAGUAAUAAAGGUACAGGAGAGAUUCAAUUCGAUUAGAUAUAUCACAAAUCUGGAUUGUUGAUCCACAUGUUAUGAGAAAUCGACCCCAACGUCUUAUCAACUUGAAUGUUCCGAACGCUUACUCUAAAGUGUAGGUUUUUUUGUCUAGCUAUUUACUGCAUUACUGAACUGUUGUAUCAUCUUUAUAAAUUUCCCAUUUGUCUCUUUUCCAUGGAGUACAUGUGCUGGUCAAGCAUUCAUACCCUCACUAGACUAGAGAUGUGCAAAGUGAGUAAGAGUGAGAUAGGGAGUUGAAACGUUGUAUUGAUCGAGUUUCGUUCACUCACCACGAGGAGUUUUAGCGACUCUUUUUUCACUUACUCACUCAUGAGUGUAAGUAUGGAGCCGUGGUGAGUCGAGUCGCAAAAAGAGUAAAUACGUGAGUUGAAACGAAAAUGUGCGAGUGAGUUGAAACAAAAAUGAGUUGAAACGAAACGUUUGAAAUACAUGAGUUGAAACGGAAUACAGAAAAUUUUCAAACUUUUAG